AUGGAUGAGCUACCUGAAGCGAGUUGCAGUACUAAAAAAGAUGCAUGUAGUGAUAGUGGUAGUGAAGAAGAUCCAUAUGCUACUGACGCAGAUAGUGACUACAAUCCUGAGGAAUUAAAUGAUUCACAGAGAGAUUUGAGUACUGACGAUGAAGUCGUACCAGAUGAGAACUUCAAAAAAAGCAUCAAAGAAAAAACUUUUGAACCCCUAAAACUGCGACCAGUUGUAUGGUUUCGGUAUGACAAGGAACAUUUUUUAAAUUUUGCCUUUAAAGAAACUUUGAAUGCUGAAUUUCUUUUUUCUCGCUCCGAGAAAUGUGCAGAGGUCGGUAUAACAAGGGCCACCAUUAUAGGCGGUGAAAUAAAGACUAAUGACACUACUCCAGUGCAAAAAGUUACUUUUGCUAAAUUGAAUGACUUGAAACAGUUACUACCAUUUAUACCACCUAUCCACCAUGACUUCUACAGAAUUAUUCCUCAUCUGGAGAAGAACCAAUUAAAAAAGACUGCUUCUGACGAUCCUGAUGACAUCGCCCAUAUUAGUGACAUAAUUGAGAGUGAUCGAGAAUGA